UGUGUGUAUAUAUAUACACGCGAACAUUAGACCUCCAAGAGAGAGAGAGAAUUUAUGCAGAGAAGUGAAGGGUAAGACCCUGAGAAAGUCAAGCCCUAGCACAAGCACGAACUCGGCUCCAUCACCUCUCUCCGAUCUGCGCCUCCUUCGCUUACUCUUGGAUUUAGGCUUUAGUUCUCUUGCACAGUGUAAGCCUUGCAGUUUGGACUUCAAAGUUCAGAUUGCAUAUUUGAUAAUAAGAUAGUUCUGUUUCUACAUAUAAGAUGUACUUCUGGUCAUCAUCAUACCAACAUGCAGGUAUUGAGCUGGUUUUUAUAUUUCAAUGGACGCCAAGAGGUUCAUCCAAUUGGUCGAGGAGAAAAAGAAGAGAGCAUUGGAAAAGAAAGAGGCCCCUUUAAAAUGGGAACAGAAGCUUGAAGCUGCUGCCAAGGCAAAGGCUGAUGCUGAAGCCAAAGGGCUGAAGCUGAAGGCUGCAAAGCAUAAAAGAAAAUCUCUGUCCCAUUAUGAUAGUGACAGUGAUGGUGACAGCAGUGAUGGGGGAAGAAAAUCAAAUAAAAGAGCCCACAAGAAGCACAAAAAGCAUGUCCACUCCGACUGGGGUGGUGACAAUGAAAAGAGCAAGGAGAAGAAAUCCAAGAAAAAGUCUAGGAGACGAUCCUCUAGCUCAAAUGAUAACAGCGAUGAUGAGUAUGAGAGUGACUCUGAUGAAUAUAGGAAGAGAAAGAAGCGAAACCACAGAAGGCACCGGCAUCACAAUUCGACAUCUGAUUCUAGUGCUGAUGGCUCUUCAAGUGAUGAUGAUGAUGAUGAUGAUCCAAUAAAGAGGAGAGGCCAUGCUAAGCAUCACAAACACCAUAAGCUAAUGGAAUCUAGUGGUUCAGAUUUUCCUAGUGAGACAGAUGAUGGAACAAUUCAAAGGAGAAGUCAUCCAAAGCUCCACAAUCGCCAUCACCGGUUGGAGUGUAGUGCUUCAGAUUCUUCAAGUGAUGAGGAAAAUGGUGCAGUUAGGAGGAAAAUUCAUGUGAAGCACCAUAAACAUCAUAGACGAUCGCAUAGGGUGGGGUCAAAGUUAUCUGAUUCAGAUGGCCACAGACACCAUCAAAGGAGUGAAUCUACAGGAAAAUCAUCAGAUGACAAUCAUGAAGAAGCUAAACGAUCAGCGGACAAGAUUUCUGGCUAUAACCACCACAAGCAUUGACACCAUCACUCAUUAUGAUGACAGAAACCGUUAGCUCUAGCUCAAAGCAGAACAUGAUUGGAAGGGUACAGAGGAUGCGGAGCAACAUUGGGAACAAAAUGCUGCUCACAAUGGUGGCAAGUUGGGUGACUUUUGGUGUAUGGGUUUUAUUAAUAUACUUAAUUCUUAUUGGCCUUAUUUUGUGGUUCGAGCGGUUGAGUUCUUGGAACGUUAAUGCGGACAAAUUGGGUUUGAUUUGUACUCGAAAUAAGGCUCUUAUUCGGACUUGGUUAGUAUAAUAACUUUAGUAAUUCAAGAUCCCUAACCUAUUGUUAAACCA